AUGGACAUGGAAGCCCGCAGCCUGCCAGCGGAUAAAGCGCGCUCCCUGGCGUCGAAGGUCAAGGAGUACAAGGCCGACCUGGCCAGCCUCAGGGAGCAGCUCAAGCAGGCGGCCGCCACAGCGGGCGCCAGUGACGCGGCACGCGCAGAGCUGGGCCUGGGCGGGGACUACUACAGCACGUCAGCGGGGCAGCGGGACCGCAUGCUGCAAUCCACUGAGCGGCUGCAGAAGACCUCAGAGCGGCUGCAGCUCGGCAAGCAGCAGCUAGCAGAGACAGAGGAGCUGGGCGUGACCAUCCUUGGGGACCUGGCGCGGCAGCGCGAGACCAUCGUCCACGCGCGCGACACGCUGCAUGGCGCGGACGACAACAUCAGCAAGGCACGGCGGGUGCUGUCCUCGAUGUCAAAGCGCGUCAUCGCCAACAAGAUCAUCAUGUUUGGCAUCAGUGCCUUCCUGCUGCUGGGCAUCAUCCUGAUCAUCUACUACCGUGUCAAGGGCUGA